AUGGCCACAUCAUCCGAGUCGUUCUUCAGCCAUUCGCCCAAUAUAGAGGAAAUAGACACGAAGAUAGAAUCCCUGAAACAUCAGAUUACCCUGAUACAGGGGGGAAUCCGUUUUCUCGAAGAAUACAAGAACACCAGAUUGCUUACCGUAGCUAAACUUCCUCCCGAAGUCUUGUCAACAAUCCUCGAGUCACUCGCGCUCAGCACACCUCCGCGUUCCACCUACAGGCAACAAGCCUAUAGCCACAUUUUCCUCGCUACGCAGGUGUGCCGCUUAUGGCGUCAGGUGGCUCUCAGCUCCCCUCGAAUCUGGGGUUGCAUCAAUGGAUUCGCUUCACAUCGCAUCGUUGAACUGUUUUUAGAACGCGCUAGAUCUGCGCCACUGUAUCUGUGGAGCCCCGGAUACCCAGAUGAGAAGAAUGUGUUGGCUGUGCUCAACCACCUCGAGCGAUUGAAGAAAAUCAUUCUGAAAGCCCAACCCAACUGGGUAAAACGGAUUGUAUCCGAGCCAACCCCCCAACUUGAAAUACUUUCGCUCGAAACCACCUCCUUUGCUACCAUAGAUCCGUUUGUAUUCUGCGCAGACGCAUUUCCAUUGUUGCAACACCUAUCCUUGACAGGCUAUGUCUUCAAAGGCAACAUGACGUCCCUCAAGAAUCUCCGUUCUCUCUUGAUAAAACCCAGCGAUGGUCCACGGCAAUACAGCAAAUUAAAUCACGCAGACCCUGUCAACUUUUUCGCCACGCUAAAUGAUCUUCCCUUCCUAUCUUCCCUCACUCUGAUCGAUGCGCUCGCGCCGCUAAACGGAUCAAUCCCACCGCUGUCGGUCAUCCUUCCCAGCUUGACGCACUUGCUCAUCCAAGAUGAUGAUAUAUCAAAUCUGGGUAUGAUGUCAUGUAUCACAGCACCGUUCAUCGAGGUGAAGCUCUCGCAUACCGGUCAAGCCAACGGCGAGACUGCUUCCCCCGUUAUCGCUGCCAUCUACUCAAACCUUCCCGACAUUCCCCGCUCCCACUCCAAACUCACCCUCCGCACCAAAGCGGUCAGCUGGUCAGAUCGUCCUGGUGCACAUGUACAGAUUUGGACGGGAUGUGCCGUUGAAGAGCAAGAAACGGACAUCCCAUUAUUCGACCUCAAAGUCUCUGGCACAGGAGACCUGGAAACAGAAGGUUGGGCUUUGACGCUCUGCCCGUCAACUACACUCCCUCCCAUCCUUCAUUUUCAUUCCGGGGUCGAGUCAUUCAAUGAUGAUUCUCUGGCCACCUACCGAAUCUUCCGCCAGCUGAAGGACGUAACACAGCUUCAUUCGGACCGUCUGAUCGACAUAAUCCUUGUCCUAUGUGAUACGCCGUUAGAACGAAAUGAAGCUAGGUCGCUGCCGUCACUACAGAAGAUCGUCCUCGGCAGUGGGAUUAUAAAGUUUCUUGCUUUAUUUAAACCCCCUCCUAGCACACGAUACCUCCCCAACCCCCUAAAUUCGCUCAGCAGUAUCUCUUAUGUUCCUUACGAAAUCCGCGACAACAUUGUUGCCCAUCUUCAAGACGACAGACUCGCGCUCGCACGAUUGAGCCUCGUCUCUUCAGCCUGGCUGCAGCUUAGCAGGUGGUACCUUUUCGAGGUCAUCAAGGUCAAUCAGGCAAACGCCUUGCGGCUCGAGGAAUUAUUGGCCUCGCCGUACUGUACCAUUCGACCAUACAUUGCGGGAUUAGACCUCAACAAUCCACCAUUCGUCCCGAAAUCGCCGGGAACCAUUCUUGAACUAGAAAGCGUCUUUACUCCGCAGAGCCUCCCCAGACUCGCUGCGGUCCUCGCGUCUAGCCAAAUUCGAACCGUUUGCUUGGAUGGGCGUUCUUCUCUGUGGAUAAUGAGCAACAGCGCCAUCGCAGCUCAGUCCUUCGACAACCUGCCCAUUCCACUCAACGUUUCCUCGGUUACCUCAUUAACUCUUCGCUCUAUGCAAUUCUCUUGCAUUUCCGAGGUCACGGCCAUCCUCCAAGGGAUACCAAACCUCCGCUCCCUGUCACUGGAUAACACUUAUUGGUGUCGACCAGGACCAUUCGAAGUUCUCCCGCCUCCAAGCCUGGCGCUUGUAGACAAGCUCAGGGUCUUGCGCGUCAGAAGUAUGUCUGUGGAGAAUCUCGUCGAGUGGCUGCUAUUAGCCGGUAGACCGCUUGGUCUUGUCGAGAUGGAUAUGGGACUCGUAGAGGCGGCAACUUGCGAGAGGCUCUGCAGGACAAUCGAUCCAGAGAUGCUACGAACCUUGUCAGUGCAUAACAGCGCGGAUGCUUAUGCUGUUGAAAAGUUCAGAAACCUACGCGACAUCGACAUUUCUAUUCAUGCGGCCGACGAAUGCAAGCCAGCCAUAUCUCUCCUGAAACGCCUCGGCUCCUUCCAUAUGCGCACAGUGAAGUUCGCCGUGCACACCCGCUUCUUCUCGUCUCCCCAAGAAUUUUUUCAGUGCUUCGACUGGAAAGAAUUCAUCGCAGUCCUUGGGGCAGAGAAGUUCAGAUGGUUGGACAGUAUCGAGUUUGCGUUUGAUAUAGAGCAUAGCCAAGCAGAAACGCGGUUGACGGAGAAGCUGUCAGAGUUACACGAACAAGGGAAGUUGUACAUGUCUCAACUAUAG